AUGAACGUAAUCGACGAGGACGACUUUAGCCUAGAGGAAGAAUUACUUGAAAUGGAAAUAGAAGAUCCAAAUAAGGGGAAUAAAAUUGUUCCCGCUCCCGCUGCUGCUCCAGCUCCCAUUCCCGGUGGCCGUCCAGCUCCCGUUCCUGCUGGCCCUCCAGCUCCCGCUCCUGCUGACGCCUCAGCUUUCGCUUCCGCUGGCCUUCCAGCUCACGUUCCCGCUGAUCCUCCAGCUUCCGUUCCCGCUGGCCCUCCAGCUUCUAUUCCUGCUAGCCCUCCAGCUCUCGUUCCUGCUGGCCUUCCAGCUCCC